UGGCCAUGAACUCCUCUGGAGAAAGGAGUCACGAAGCAGCAGGACCCAGGGGCAGAAGGGCUCACAGACCCCGAGAACAGGACCGAGAUGUGCAGCUGUCCAAGGCUCUGUCCUAUGCCCUGCGACAUGGGGCCUUGAAGCUGGGACUUCCUAUGGGGGCCGAUGGCUUCGUGCCCGUGGGUGCCCUCCUGCAGCUGCCCCAGUUCCGCAGCUUCUCAGCUGAAGAUGUGCAGCGCGUGGUGGACACCAAUGGGAAGCAGCGGUUUGCUCUGCAGCUGGGGGAUCCCAGUACAGGCCCUCUCAUCCGGGCCAAUCAGGGACACUCUCUGCAGGUACCUGAGUUGGAGCUGAUUCCCCUGGAGACACCACAGGCCCUACCUCUGAUGCUAGUCCAUGGUACAUUUUGGAAGCACUGGCCAUCCAUCCUGCUAAAGGGCCUGUCCUGCCGGGGAAGGAUGCACAUCCACCUGGCCCCAGGACUGCCUGGGGACCCUGGUGUCAUAAGUGGCAUACGGCCAAACUGUGAAAUAGCUGUGUUCAUCAACGGACCCCUGGCCCUGGAAGAUGGAAUACUCUUCUUCCGCUCUGCCAAUGGGGUGAUCCUGACUCCAGGGAAUGCUGAUGGCUUCCUGCUUCCCAAGUACUUCAAAGAGGCCCUGCAGCUCUGCCCUACCCGAAAGCCCCUCCCCUUGGCUGGUGAUAAAGAGACAGAGGGUCAGAGUGGCCCCAAGCAUAGCCCCAGAGGAAAGAGGAUGAUCCAACAAUAAAAUAUUAAUUUAUAAAAAAGAAAUUUUAAAAAGUAACAAGAAAGAAACUCGUGAAACCAUGAUUCAUCAUCCGGUA